AUGGGUUCAUUCUCACGUACCCAGUCUCCCGUCCUCACCAUGCAGCCCAGUGCUGCUCAUCAAACCCCAUUUGAUAUGCCCAUGUUCCCGCAUCAGAACUCUCCUCUCCGGGCCGAACCGUUUGCUGUUCCCUCUGCCUGGUCCCAAGCAUCUGCACCAGCCAUGCUCAAAAAAACUGGUCGAAAACGAUCCCGAGAUGAGGCAGCCGUCAACCUAGACGUCGAAGCAGCCAAGCUUGAGACCAUAGAGCCCGUCAAAGAACCCGAAGACGAGUGGGUCUAUGGCGAAGGCAUGGUUUUGAUCAAGAAGUCCUCAGCCUAUGUUGCCGACGCAGGCACGCAAUCUGGUACCUGGUUGGAAGAGAGGGCUGCCGAGGAAGAGGCGCGCAAAAUCGAAGACGCUCGCGCCAUCCACGGUCAACAUCGCCCAUCAAUGAGAAGCAACAAAUCUCAGCGACUGGACCUCAGUUCCGUGUCGAUGUCCACCAAUAGCACCCCAGCUACUCGAUCAAGCCCUGUCCGCGACAUCACCGACGCAAUCAUCACUCCUGGAUUUCCUGCAGACACAAGACACCAACCCGUCAUAGAUCAAUUCACCCUUCACCUCGGCAUCGGGUGGAAACGCAUCAGUGACGACGAACAUAUCCAAGCAGCGGCGCGUGGAUGGGCCCGUUAUAUCGAGAAUCAUUUUCCCAUCACCAAAGUCCAAAUCCAAUUGGAAAGCAAGGGUCUCCAAUCCUACCUCGUCAAAGCUGCCGAAGGCAUCUUCCUCUUCGCAGAGGACUUGCGCCGAGGCCAACUCGUCAGCCGCAACAUGAGUCGAGCGUUUGAGAACCUGAAGGUCUCUCCUCCUGCCUUCGAAGGCGCUGAGGUGUUGACUGCCGCCACCACACCGCAACCUUCGCUAGAGAAUGCGCCGUCAAUGAUGGUAGCUGCACAGGACGUUGAUAUGGACAUGAGCUAA